AUGGAUGUGUAUCUGAAUGCAUUUGAAACUAGUUUGGAAAGUACUGUGUGCAGCCAAGAGGGCCACAAUGAUGCUGCUUGGAAGAUGUACCUGGAGAGGAGACGCAUCGUUCUGGCGUUCCUGCGCACCAACCUGAGCCUCCACCUCCUCAGACGCCACCAGAAGAGAAUUGAGCUUCUGAAGAAGAGUUCCUUUUACAUAGAGAUUCUGCCCAAGCACUUGGCCCUGGGAGACCAGAACCACCUGAUGCUUCCCACAACCAUGUUCCAACUCAUUGACCCCUGGAGAUUCCAGAGGAUGAAGAAGGUGGGAACCACCCAGACUAAAAUCCAGUUAUUACUUUUAACUGAUCUGUUAGAACAGCUGGAACGAGGUCGGGAGGAGCUGGUCUAUUACCUAGAGACCUGUGAUAUGAUAACUUUCCUCUCUAGGUGGGACUUGAUUAAGCAAAGACUGUCAAACCUCUCCAAGCUGAUGGACAGUUUCCUUGCCACGCUAGUGCCAGGAAAGCUCUAUAUCAAGCACCGUUUGGUGCCAGAUGUUAGAGCUACUAAAGUCCCCCACAUUAGGCUUGUUCUCAGUACAAAGAUGCCAGUGGUGUUUGAGCGAAAAGAAUCAGUGGCACACAAGGACUGGGCCACUCUCAAGUGGUUUAGUACAAGUCAGCAGUCACAGCCUGAACAGUAUGAACUGUGUUUUAGGUUACUGGAGCAUGGGACUCAGAAGGAGAGGGGCCACUGUGGGAUUCUAAUAGUCACCUCCAACACGUGCGAAAUCCAGAACCUGCUACCUGGCAGAUCAUACAAAUUCACGAUUAGACGAGCAGAGACUUACUCACUUGUCUAUGAACAAUGGCAUGACAGCAUUACAUUGAAAACAGAAACUAACCCUGACCAAGACAUGGGCAGCAGCCUUUGUGAACCGGAAGGGUGA